AUGAAAGAAAGGUUUCAGAAUGAAACCACAUUUUCAACGGUUCUUCCAAUGAAUCUGAAAGAGAAUGAAGAGUAUCGAGUGACAAUAUUUGUGCUCAACGAUCAACUCUGCAAUAGUGACGAAGUCACAGUGCCGUUCUUCACCGUUCCCAAUGAGCAAUUCACCGACAAAGGAGCGUUCAAAUGGAACAACGCAUCUACGAGCGUCAACACUGAGUUGUCUCCAUCAAAGGAGCGCUCAGAAAACAGCUCGAAUAAAACUUCCGUUCACGGCGAGUCUGUUCCUCGGAAUUCGUUGAAUGUGACUGAGCCUGAUGAAGACGUCAUGCCAAAUGUUGAUAUUGAUGGCAAAGAUGGUAAUCAAAUGAGCGAAGGCUCGAGCUUCUCGACGUUACGUCCGACAGUCGUGUCGUUGAGAACACCCUUGUUAAUAAUACUGGUUGGCAGCGCUACGUUAAGCGCUCUGCUGAUGACUUGUUGUGUGAUCGCAUUGGCGGUCAGAAAUUGCUAUAAGCGAAGCACAAAAUCGGAGAUUGAGAAGUCUUCGAUUAUACCGUGGGCAAUGGCACAUUCCAGUCAUUCAAUGUUAGAAACAAAUAUCCUCUAUCGGCGACCAACGGGGCCGUCAGUUUACAUCGAUUACGAGAUUCCUUCCAGUCGCAUUCAAGUUGGAGGUGUGAUCGGGCAAGGUCAGCCAAAUUCAAUGUUUGGUUUUGCGUUUCGAUGUGUUUAUUUGUUUACGAGUUAUUGA